CCAUUCGUUUGGCCAUUCUGCGUCUUUGGAGUGUUAACUCUGCCAUUCAGAUUAAGAUAAUAAGGAUAGAAGGCUCUUGUGGCCUGUGUUAAUCCUUGCAAAGUAUAUCUCUGCAGAGAUCUAACUUCUCUUUGAAAGCGUUCACCGACGGAGCUGAUACUACUGAAUCAGUGAAUUAAAAAUGGCCAAAACAUCUUAACUAGUUAAAAUGGAGAUUGAUUUAACUACUCAAGUUGCUGAAGCUGCAAAUGUCGAUCGAAAUCUUGUCAGUCAUGUUAUCCCAAUGUUUGAAGAUGGUUAUACUGUACCAUUUAUUGCACGUCAUCGUAAAGAAAUCACUGGUGAUGUAGAACCAACAGUGUUGCAUAGGCUGAAAGAAAAAAUAAAUGAUCGCAAAAUGUUGAUUGACAAAAUAGAAAAGUCGAUGGAACUCUUCAAUAAAAGUGGUCUACUUACCGAUGAAUUAUCACAACAGUUAAUGCGAUGUAAAACCGCUGAAGAUAUAAAACUGCUAACAGAUCCAUUGAAGCCUAAAGGUCCACGUACAUUGGCUGGUAAAGCAAAAGCUGCCAACUUAGAGCCUAUUGCUCUUGAUAUCCUCUAUUCUUAUAAAUUUGUUGAUAUUUCCAGUCGAGCUUCUGCUGAAGCUAAAAAGGCAUUCCAGUCGAAAUCAGCACUUGAAGAUGCUGUACGUCAUAUAAUUGCUGAUAUAUUUGCCAAAGAUGUAGAUAUAAUACAGAAAGCUGAAGAAUUAUGUUCAAGGUAUCCUGCAACACUUAUAACCUCACAAAAGUUGAAACGUAAUAAACAAGCACCUGGUAAAUCAUCCUCUUAUCCACAGCCUAUGCUUAUUGAUACAGACGGGGAGAAUAAUAUUAAUAAUAACAACAAGGAUUUUAUUGACGGUGAUGAUGAUGAGUGUUCAUUAAAUGGUCAAAAUUCAUCAAUGAAUCCUAACAAUAAUAAUAAUAAUCAUAAACCUAAAGAUGAUUUAAUUACAUUUAAAAAUUAUCUAAAUAUUUCUCGUUCAGUCUCAUCUAUUUUAGCACAUCAAGUGUUAGCUAUUAAUCGUGCAAGUGAAAGAGGCGUAAUCACUGUAAAGGUUAAUUUAUCCGCUCAAGUCCAACAACAAUGUAGAACAUUUGUAUUUCAGAAAUACCUAUCCACUGUGAAUCGUGGUCAUUGGGAUUAUGUUAUGCAAGCGUUUGAUGAUGCAUGGAAACGUUUGAUUGAUCCACAUUUAGUGCGUAGUAUUCGCCUAUGCAACACUGUUGGCUCUACACCACCUGUGAUUUCUUUACGGUAACGUGCAAUAAACGGUAUAGUAUAACCAUCUUCAAACAUUGGUAUAACACGACUGACAAGAUUUUGAUCAAUAUUUGCAGCUUUAGUAGUUAAAUCAGUCUCUAUUUUAACUGGUAAAGAUGGUUUGGCCAUUUUUAAUUCACUAUAAAGAAAUCAAAAUAUAAUAGUGUGGUAAGAGCAGGCUAGCCAAAACUGGGUAGACCGCAUUUUACGUCAAUGGGUAUGUCGCAAAUAUUGGUGGUGAGAAAAUAUGAACAAGAUUGAUUCAACAACCAAUCACAGCAGACUUGGCGUAUAGAUUAUCUGACAUUCAAAAAACAGUCACAAAGAGAUGCAAAGUCAACUUUCUGUAAGAAACAACCAAUCAGAAGACUAUGUUUGUCUGCUUGAAUAAGCUAUAAUAAUGUACAUGAAAUCUAUAUAAAUACGUGUUGAUUUUCUUAAUAAACGAUCUGUUGCCUGG